GUAUAUCUUACAUUCAUCGAGGAGGCUCCUCCAUCUCGAAUUACAUUUCGCCAAUCUUUGGCAUUUCUUGAAAUCGUUUCGCUGCGAGUAAGGGAUUCACGCUCCGAAUCCUAUCACCAUGUCUAUUAUUCAAAUCCCGGUCGCCGCUAAUGCUGCUGGGGAGCAACAGAGCGCCAACCCGGGUCCCAAACCAGUGCAGGGGGCUUUUGAUUUCGAACAGGCCCGCAAGAUCAUCAACGCACACCUCGAUGACCUAGACUCUUCUCUUCACAACGACAUCAACAAACAGCUGCACGCAAAUCCGGAAACUGCAUACAAGGAAUUCUUUGCCCACGACACCCUCACAGCUUACUUAGAAAAGCAAGGGUUCUCUGUCAAAAAGCAUACCUAUGGCCUCGAAACGAGCUUCGAGGCCGAAAUAGGUAGUGGCGGCCGUCAAGUCGUUAUUUGCGCUGAAUACGAUGCUCUACCAGACAUCGGCCAUGCCUGCGGACACAACCUGAUUGCAACGUCCUCAAUUGCUGCAUUCUUGGGGGCUGCUCGCGCACUCGUCGACUUGAGGAUCCCUGGGCGUCUACGCAUUCUAGGAACCCCAGCCGAAGAAGGGGGAGGCGGUAAAGCGAAACUCAUUGAUGCCGGUGCCUUCAACCCCGCCGAGGAUAUCGCAGCGGCCAUUAUGGCGCAUCCAACUGCAGCUCACCAGGGCGGUAGUGGAGAUGGUUCCUCAGGACUGGCAGGCUUUAAGCUCAUUGCAAGCCAUAAGUUUCGCGUUGAAUUCCGUGGGAAGCCCGCUCAUGCAGCAGGUGAGCCAUGGAAAGGGUUGAACGCGUUGGAUGCGGCUGUAGCAGCCUACAGCAAUGUGGCUCUCCUCAGGCAGCAAAUUCAGUCAGACGAAAGAGUCCAUGGUGUAAUCGAAGUCGGCGGCACCGUUCCCAACGUCAUCACGGAUUAUACCCGCAUGAACUGGAAUGUCCGCAGCCCAACAAUUGAGCGCGCCGAUGCACUGUUGAACAGGGUCAAGGCAUGCCUGGAAGCAGGCGCAGCCGCGACGGGCUGCGAGAUCAACUACAUUGUGGCGCCGACGUACAUGAAUCUACGAGCUAAUAACACCCUGUGCAAGACAUAUGUGGAAGAUAUGGCCGCGAUCGGUCAGACAAUACAGCUUCAUCAGGCAAAACCAUUUAACGCCUCGACGGAUAUGGGAAACGUGUCUUAUCACGUGCCUAGCUUCCACGGCGCCUUCGUCAUCCCGACCUCGCCAGAUGUGGCAGGCCACAAUCCCAAAUUCGCGGCCGCUGCUGCAACUGACGAAGCUCACAAAGCGGCUCUCACGUGCGCUAAGGGUAUGGCAAUGCUUGCCGUAAGAGUGCUUGUUGACGAUGACAUUGCAUCACGAGCAAGGGCGGACUUUGGAAGCCCGGAUGAGGAGUGCAAAAAGGCUUAGGAGG